AAAAGAACUGAUCUUUUGAAAAGAACGGAUGUACAUGGCCCAUGUAUAAAUUCUCUACUUGAACGUCACACGGUUACCACUUACCAGAAACAGAAACCAUUCUUGUUUGGUCGUUAUAAUGAACACAUGCCUUCUUUGCAUGGGAUUCUUCUUUCGUCGACUCAAAAAAAAAACUCUUUAAAAACAGAAGAGAGCGAGAGUAAUCAAAACAUAAGAGACAAUAGUUCACGCGAGAUAUCGAGAGAGAGAAAACGCUGACUUCCAGAGAUCGCCUGUGAGAAAAGAAGAUAGAGAGCGUGAUUCUACAAUGGAUUUCCCGCAGAUUCUUCGUUUCAUCCUUGUUCUAGCCAUCAUCAAAGUUGCAGUUACUAUUAAGACUUCGGAUGGAGAUGAUGUCGAAUGUAUGGAUAAAAUAAAGCAGCCAGCAUUUGAAAGCACUUUACUAAAAAAUCAUAAAAUUCAGGAAUGGCCGUCCGAAAUUCCUCCUCGGACAGUCGAAGCAGACAAGAAAAGCAAACUGGAAACUUGGGAAGCUCAAGUUAGUACUGUCAACUGUCCGGAAGGAACCGUACCAGUACGGAACUACAGUGUCAGUAAGACUGACCGGACAGGGCCUGAUUUCACCAGUUACAAUCGUGGACAUGAGUAUGCGAUCAUAAGUCAGAAAAGCCCACCAGAACUAUACGGAGCAAAAGCCACGAUUAACGUAUGGGAUCCGGCGAUAGAGGGAAAGGAGAUGUCUAUAUCUCAGAUUUGGAUUAGCUCGGGAAAAUAUAAGACUAAUGACCUUAACACCCUAGAGGUUGGCUGGCAGGUUCUUCCGACGUUGUAUGGCGAUAACAAACCGAGGCUAUUUAUUUUUUGGACAAGUGAUUCGUAUAAGAACGGAUGCUAUAACCUAAGAUGCUCUGGUUUUAUACAAACUAGUAGCAGUAUUGUCCUUGGUGGAGCUAUUUCUCCCACUUCUUCUUUCGGAGGUAGUCAAUACGAGAUUACCAUACUUGUAUGGAAGGAUCGUAUAUAUGGGAAUUGGUGGCUGAGCUUGGGACCCAGUAACUUAUUGGUAGGUUACUGGCCGAAAGAACUUUUCACAACCUUAGCUGAUUACGCAACCAUCGCGGAAUGGGGCGGUGAAAUCUUAAACUUGCAAAAUUUCAGCCGCCAUACAAAGACUCAAAUGGGGUCUGGCCACUUCCCCAAAGAAGGAUUCGGCAAAAGCAGCUAUUUCCGCAACCUCAAGUUCAUAGAUAACAACAAUAGUCUGCAGCCGAUCCAAAAUAUCAAGAAAAUAGUAACAAACCCUGAAUCCUACAACGUCAAGACUGAAUAUACAGAUGAAUGGAAGAGCCAUUUCUUUUAUGGAGGGCCUGGGUUUAGAUCUACGCAGUCUCGAGCCGUUCCUUUGGCAUUCAGUUCAUGUUUUGUCAUCUAUUGCUUAGCACUUUUUAUGGUUUAGUUGUUUCAUG